UGCUUUCUUUCAUUUUCCCUCGUUUUCCCAGGUUGUGUCACUUUCUUUCUUGCUUUCGAGAAUUGAAGUUGGGUUCGUAGAGCUUUGAAGAAGGUGUUGGAAGUAGUAGUUGCUUUGACAUUCAAUGUUUUGUUGUUGGACUUCUUCAUCAUCAAUCAGGCUUUGAAGAAGGUGUUGGAAGUAGUAGUUGCUUUGAUAUUCAACGUUUUGUUGUUGGACUUCUUCAUGAAUCAGCAUUGAUAUUGAAGAAGCUGAUACUUUGAUUAGGCAUUUUGUUGUUCAAAAUUGCAAUGUCUACGCCAACAUCUGAAGCCUACGAGUGGUUCUGUUGUGGGGAUUGUGAUAACAAGCUUGCUCCUUUUAAUGGUCUCGUUAAGGAACUUGUUUCACAAUGCAAUAGCGAAAGUAGUUGGCUCCUCUUUCGUGAAAACACUGGCUUGAAUGUGAAGUUUAAAGGAAGAAAGGCAAUUAAUCUACCUCCAGCUAGUAUUACGUCCAUUCAGGUUACAGAUGAAGGUCGGAUAUCUCAUACUGAUGUGGCCAAUAUCCACUGUUCUAAAUGUGAAGGUCAUGUUGGGUGGAAAAUUAUUCAUGAGCACAGCGAUGACCCAAUAAUCCAUAAAGGCCAAUUCAUACUGCAUAAUUCUUUUGGGGGAGGCAGACUUUCUCUCAAGUUAUAAAAUGGGUGGACAAAAAUAUGGCAGAUGGAUCUACCAAUUAAUCAGAUUUCUGAUUCUGUUUGUUUUCCUAUCAUGGCUGUAGAUGUAGGUACCAAGUCCAAAUGGGAUGCUGCUGUUUGAGAAGUGUUAUAAUUGAUUGGAUUCAUUUCUUUUCCUAUAGAAUUCUUCUAUCCAAUGUUGAGUGAAAAAUUGUGAUAGCUUUACUACUGUUCCAUUCAGUUUGCAUUUUGGAAUGAAUGUGUCCAUGAGAAACAUAUA